AUGAGGGGUCUGGGAACUUCUCUCUUCUUAGCCUUUGUUGCGAGUGCAACUGCUAGCUCUAAUAGCUCCUAUCUUGCUGAUGGGUAUUUGGAUUUAGGAGGUGCCAGUGAGGCAUACCAAAAGGCAAAGGCUUUCAUCUCUCAACUAAGCAAUGAGGAAAAGAGUCUUAUCGUCAAUGCCUCCAGCUUUAACAGAAAUGGCGUCUCGUGGUCAGAAUAUGAGAACACAGAUGGCGUUUCCGGUCUGAACUUCUACUACUAUGUUUCUGCUUUUCCGAUGGGAAAUGCCCUUACUCAGACUUGGAACCGCGAUCUAGCCGCGGCGCAGUUCAAGGCUGUUGGAGACGAAUACAAGGCUGUGGGCUAUAAUCUUGUCGAUGGAGCUUUACUUGGUCCUCUCGGCCGUGUCCCAGAGGGUGGUCGGCAAAACGAGGCCUUUUCACCUGAUCCAUAUCUCUCGGGCGUGUUAUCAGGUGAAGGCGUCCGCGCACAAAACUCAGCAGGUGUUAUCGCUGGAAUUCGGCAUUUCCUACUAUACGAGCAAGAGACGAACCGUAGCUCUAUGCUCGGCUCCUCAACCAACGAAGUUUACUCCUCCAACGCCGCUGAUAAGACCCUGCACGAGGUCUACAUGUGGCCUUGGGCCGAUGCAAUCAAAUCCGGCGCAAUGGCCGUAAUGUGUUCUAUGAACCGUGUAAACGGGACACAUUCAUGCCAGAACUCCGAACUUCUAAACGAUAAGUUGAAGACUCAGCUUGGAUUCCCGGGAUUCGUUUAUCCCGAUGAAUCUGCUCAAUUCAGUUCGUAUGGCGCUGCGAAUGCGGGUCUCGAUUACUCGCCUUACUCGGAUGGUCUUUGGGAUUGGGAGGCGUUCUCGAAGGGAUUGAAGAAUGGUAGUUUGACUGAGGACAGAUUGGAUGAUAUGGCUGUUAGGACUGUUUUGCCGUAUUAUUUUGUUGGUCUGCAGAAGGAGAAUCUUACGACUGUUUCUGAUGAUUAUACUGCUUAUCGGGAUGUGAGGAGGAAUCAUAGUAAGAUUAUUCGGAAGGUUGGAGGGGAGUCUUUGAGUUUGUUGAAGAAUGAUAAUGAGAAUGGAAGGGGUCUGCCUUUGGUUAAGCCUCGUUCUAUUUCUCUUUAUGGGGCUCAUGCUGGUCCUGCUGUUGCUGGUCCCAACCAUGCAUGGUCAGUCUCCGGCGCAGAUGCAGAGGUCUACCAAGGCCAUCUAGCUCAAGGAGGUGGAUCUGGACAAACAUCCCUUCCCUACCUAAUCACACCAUUCAACUCUCUCACCAACCGUGCCGUUGAAGAUGGUACCGCAAUCUGGUGGAUCAUGAACAACACCUAUACAAGCAGCUCAAGCGGCAUGUCAGUCAUAGGCGGAUCAAUGGGCACAGGAACAAGUCCCACCUACAGCCAAUACGCCUCAGCCUCAGACGUCUGUCUCUGCUUCAUAAACUCCUGGUCCGGCGAAGGCGCAGACCGCUCGACUCUCUACAACGAAGAACAAGAUACAAUGAUCAACAAAGUCGCCUCAAACUGCAACAACACCAUUGUCGUCGUUAAUGUCUCUGGUCCCCGUAUCUUAGACGCAUGGAUCGAGCACGAGAACGUCACUGCCGUGAUAUACGGUGGAUUACUGGGUCAAGAGUCCGGAAAUGCAAUUGCGGACGUUCUCUACGGAGAUGUUAACCCUAGCGGUCGUUUGAUUCACACUAUCGCGAAGAAUGAAUCCGAUUACCCUGCUAGUGUUUGUGAGACGGCGAAUUGUCGCUUUACAGAGGGUGUUUAUGUUGAUUAUCGCUGGUUUGAUAUGAAGGGGAUCGAACCUAGAUAUCCAUUUGGUCAUGGAUUGAGCUAUACGUCUUUUGAGUAUAGUGAUGUUAGUGUCAGCGUUACUAAUAGGUCGGCGUUGGGUUAUAAGUAUGCCAAUGGAAGCUUGGGUCUGGGUGGCGAAGCCGAUUUGUUUUAUGAUGUUGCUAAGGUUACUGCUACUAUUGAGAAUAGUGGGGAUGUUGAUGGUGAUGAGGUGGCUCAGCUUUAUUUGUCGUUUCCUAAGGAGGCGAAGCAGCCUGUUAGGGUUCUAAGGGGCUUUGAGAAGGUUUCUAUUGCAAAGGGAAGUUCUGAUAAGGUUGUUUUUAAGCUGAGGAGGAGAGAUUUGAGUUAUUGGGAUGUUAGUGCGCAGAAGUGGGCUGUUGCGAAUGGGAAGUAUACGUUUUCUGUUGGGGCUAGUUCGAGGGAUUUGCGUGGAAAAGCUACUUUGACUAUUUAG